AUGGCGAUCAAAAUCAAAGAGAAAAUGCAAAAGAAGAUUGAUGCAAGUUUCCUUAUCACAUCAGAGUAUCCGCAGUGGUUGGCCAAAAUUGUGCCAGUUCCCAAGAAGGACGGGAAGAUCCUCUUGUCCGAAUAUGACAAUGAGUAUCACACCCUGAAAGUUAUCAAAGGAAGUGUCUUGGUCGAUCAUUUAGCUCAUCAGCCAAUCGACGAUUAUGAGUCUAUAAAUUUUGAAUUCCCAUAUGAAGAUGUGAUGUACUUAAAAGCCAAAGAUUACAAUGAACCACUGCCAAAUGAAGGGCCAGAGCCAGGUUCUCAAUGGGGUUUAAUAUUUGAUGGAGCAGUUAAUGUGUAUGGUAAUGGUAUUGGGGCAGUAAUCAUCACUUCUCAUGGCUCACAUGUCCCUUUUACUCCAAGAUUAACAUUCAAGUUAACGAACAACAUGGCGGAAUACGAAGCUUGCAUCAUGGGUCUAGAAGAAGCCAUUGAUCUUAGAAUAAAAAAUCUUGAUGUUUAUGGAGACUCAGCUCUAGUUGUCAAUCAAAUUAAAGGAGAAUGGGAAACUCUUCAACCUGGCCUAAUCCCAUACAAAGACUAUGCAAGGAGGUUAUCUACUUUCUUCAACAAGAUUGAAUUUCAUCACAUCCCUCGUGAGGAAAAUCAAAUGGAAGAUGCCUUGGCAACUUUGGCUUCCAUGGUCAUUGUUAAUCAUUAG